AUGUCAUCGGUGCAGAUCUUUUCAUCGUUUUGGUUAUUUGGUCUUAUCAAUAAUGUUCUUUAUGUAGUGAUUCUCUCGGCAGCUGUGGAUCUUGUGGGACCUACUGCCCCAAAAGCUAUAGUCUUGAUGGCGGAUGUGCUACCUUCGUUCAUUUGUAAAUUAACAGCUCCUUUCUACAUUCAAAUCAUUCCAUAUCAUGUCAGGAUAUGGAUCUUGGCAGGAUUGAGUGGUACGGGUAUGUUGAUCAUAUCUUUGGUUGAUAGUCUCACUUUAUCACUCUGUGGAAUUGUGCUAGCCUCAGUCUCUUCUGGGUUAGGUGAAAUCACAUUCCUUCAACUGACUCAUUACUACACUGAUAUUUCACUACAUGGAUGGUCAUCCGGAACCGGUGGUGCUGGUUUAAUUGGUUCUUUUGUGUUCAUGCUUCUGACCACCAUUAUUGGGAUUUCGCCAAGAACAACCCUAUUGAUAUUCUCGAUAGUUCCUUGUGUCUUGGUCGCUGCUUUCUUCUUGAUGCUACCGUCCAGAAGUCGGCUAGUGAGAAAUUGUCCAGCUUCUAAUGAAGAAAUUCAGCAUAUUUUUUGCCCUACCGUGCCUAUCGGUAGUACUCAAGAUAUCUCACCCGAUGCACUUCCUAUCAUUCGGGGAGAAGCUGAAGAUGGUGCUGAAGAAAUGACUAAGUAUGAGCAUAGGACAUUCAAAGAUCAUAUUUUAGUCACCGUAGAGCGCAUUAAACCAUAUUUUGUGCCCUAUAUGGGGCCUCUAUUCACCGUAUAUAUGGCUGAAUAUAUAAUUAACCAAGGGAUAUCGCCUACUCUACUCUUCCCCCUUAAGGAUAUGCCCUUUGCUCAUUUCAGAGAUGCCUACGUUACUUACAGCACACUUUACCAAACUGGUGUGUUCAUUUCACGGUCUUCUGGUGCCCUUGUCAAACUAGAUCAUUUGUACAUUCCAUCUCUCUUACAGGUUGUUAAUCUUUUAGCGUGUGUUUUGCAAUCGAUGUUCAUGUGGCUGCCAAAUAUCUACUUGGUUUUCUUACUUGUUUUCUAUGAGGGUUUGUUAGGAGGUCUUUCGUACGUUAACACUUUCAGAGCAGUUGCUGAGAGAACCGAUAUUUCAGAAAGAGAGUUUGCUAUGGGUUGUGUUGGUAUGAGCGAUAGUGGUGGUAUUGUUGUCGCUGCGAUCUUUUCUAUGUUCUUGGAGCCUUCAUUAUGUUCAUACCAAGUAAGUAACGGUCGGCCUUGGUGCUCGCUGCAAUAA